AUGGCUUUUCACGUGAAUUGCUCUGUACAAAGUCGGCCUUCUCUCUUCGAAAACAUUGAUCGUUUUAAGACUAGGUUGUCUUCAUCUUACAAGCCAUUAUUGAAAGACUUGCAGCAACUUCCCUUGCAACUUGAUGUUUCCAAAAGUAUAAAAAAUGCUUCAGGCAAACUUUUGGAUGCAUUCGUGGAUUCGAUGUUUCAGUUUGCUGACCAGCCCAUUCUUCCUUCUCAGAGCAACUUUGCGCCAGUUGAUGAAUUGAACGAAGCUUUCGUUAUCACCAGCAUUGAAGGCAAAGUCCCAGAUGAUUUUCCCGGGGGUGUUUACAUAAGAAAUGGACCAAAUCCACUAUUUGGGGGUCUAAAAUCUACGACUUCCAUGUUUGGGAAGACUGGUCACAUAUGGAUAGAAGGAGAAGGAAUGCUUCAUGCUUUGUAUUUUAAUAAAGAGAGCAAUAUUGGAAGCUGGACGGUCCUCUACAACAGUAGACAUGUGGAAACCGAAACAUUCAAGCUUGAGAAAAAACGAAACAAGCCAUCUUUUCUUCCAGCAGUAGAAGGCAAUCCGCCAGCAAUGCGAUUUGGAAAAGUCAACAAAGAUCUUAGCAACACCAAUGUUUUUGAGCAUUCAGGGAAGUUCUACUCGAUUGCUGAACAUCACAUUCCUCAAGAGAUUGACAUCUUCUCCCUUCAGACUUUAGGAGAUUGGGAUAUCAAUGGAUCCUGGCAUCGACCUUUCAACAGCCACCCAAAGAGAGCACCUGUUACCGGAGAGUUGGUCGUCUUUGGGGUGGAUGCAGUAAAACCUUUCAUGGAAGUCGGAGUUGUUUCUGCCGAUGGAAAGAGACUGAUUCACAAGGUUGAUGUCAAGUUGAAUAGGUGCACCCUUAGUCAUGACAUGGGGGUUACAGAGAGGUAUAAUGUGAUCAUGGAUUUUCCCCUAACAAUAGACAUACUGAGACUCAUCAAAGGAGGCCCAUUAAUAAAGUUUGAUAAGGAAGACUAUGCAAGAAUUGGGAUUAUGCCCCGGUACGGUGAUGCCGACUCAAUCCGUUGGUUUGAGGUGGAACCAAAUUGCACAUUUCACAUUCUCAAUUGUUUUGAGGAAGGCGAUGAGGUUGUAGUGAGGGGAUGCAGGUCACUGGAAUCAGUCAUAUCAGAAUCUUGGGAUAUGGAUUUGGACAAGUCCGAGUGGGUUUCUGGAAGGCUUAGGAAUAAGAAUCCUGCGGAGCAAGAAGCUAAAUUUUCUUCAAAAGAUGAAUUGUUGUUCUGCAGAUUUUAUGAAUGGAGAUUAAACAUGAGAACCGGAGGAGUUACAGAGAGAAACCUCACUGGAACUGAAUUCUCUAUGGAAUUUCCUAUGAUCAAUCCAAAUUUUAAUGGUGUCAAAAAUAAAUUUGGCUACGCCCAAUUUGUGCACGACAGUGCAAGUGCUAGUUCAGGCAUGCCAAAAUUUGGAGGUCUAGCUAAGUUAUACUUUGACGAGUAUGAGAGUAAGGAACGGGAGGAACGUGAAGGGCAGAUAAAGGUAGAAUACCAUGAAUUUGAGGGAAACACCUUCGGCACUGGAGCUGCCUUUGUCCCUAAAGAAGGUGGUCUAGAAGAAGAUGAUGGCUGGAUUAUCACUUUUGUUCAUGACGAAGACACUAAUACAUCUAAAGGUCCCAUAUGGAUUUCAUGGAGCAUUUAUGCCAAUCCCAUUGCACAAUUAAUGGGACAACAUCUUAUCAUGGAAGCCCCAUUAACUUUGUGGAGAAAUUAG